UUCCGGGCACGGAUUUGCACAAAGAACGGGAGUGGAUGACAGAACAACAGACACAGAAAAGAGGUAACGAAAUAUAGUGGACUGGACUAGAAAAAGUUGAUGAACAGAAUAUCACUGGCUGUUACAGUGUUGCUACACUACAAGAGAGACGCACACAUUAUGUUAUCUCAAGGUUUAGAGUGGUGAGUCAGUCCACUGCGGAGACCUUCUCCUCACAUACAGAGCUGCCAGACAAGGUGUUCUCCAGGAGUGUUGUCCCCCCCACCACUCUAUCCAGCCCCUCAAGGCUGAGAGGAUCAAAUAACUACACAACAGGACUGACAGGAUCCACACUCCUCUGGAAAGGAUAUCCUAAUAGUUGAUAGUAAAUGAGGAGGGGAGGUGAUGAUGUCUGAGGACAGCUGUGGCCGAAAAUGCUGCAGGGUAAUGUAUAGCUGCAACUGGAGGCAGCCCAGUGAGAGGAAACGAAAAUGUUCCUGCUGCUGGUUGUCGGUCCUUACCGCUGUGUCCCUGCUCACUCUCUUCUGGAUGUACGUCUGUCUGAUGGCUUUCAAUGACCGUGAGGAUGUCAACUGGAAGGCCUUUUCCAUUCUUAAACUGUGGGUGAACUGGUUCAUGGUGCUGAUGGUUAUCGCUGCCAUACUGACCAUCUACUGCAUCCUGCUACUGGUAUUUGCACUGGUCCAACUUGCCUUGAAAGAGCCUUUGGACUUACACUGUCUACACAAGUUGUUCCUGUUUUUAGGUGUGGUUUUCAUCGCCCUGGGCACCACUGGAAUAAGCCUACAGUGGAAAAAAGAGUGGCACACUGUUCUCCUGUCACUACAGGCCACGGCUCCAUUCCUACAGAUGGGAGGGGUUGGAGCCCUGACCUUGGUAAGCUGCCUGGUGUUCCAGUGUUUCCAAAGGACCCGCAGAAUAGCCUCUAAGAUCCUCAUCAUGGUAGUGUUUGCUGGCGUGUCGGUGGCAAUCUUCCUCAGCCCCCUACUCAUCCAAUCCCCUUGUCUGGUGGAGGAGAAACAGCUGCCCCCUAAACCUGCCCUCAUUGGUCAUCGCGGAGCACCAAUGCUAACCCCAGAGAACACCCUGAUGUCGUUCAGGAGGAGCGUGGGGUGCGAUGUGAUCGCCUUUGAGACAGACGUGCAGCUCAGUAAGGACAGAGUUCCUUACCUGAUGCAUGACCACGGAAACCAUUUCCUGAGGAGGACUACAGAUGUUCUACAUAAGUUCCCUGGGAAAGACUUCAACCACAGCACAAACCUCACCUGGGAGGAGCUACAGGAAUUAAACGCUGGUGAUUGGUUCCUGAAGACGGAUCCGUUCUGCUCAGUCUCCCAGCUCUCAGAGCAGGAGAAGAAGACAAUUGGGAACCAGAGUGUUCCCUCCCUUCUGCAGUUGCUGGACCUAGCCAAGACUCAUAACACCUCUGUCAUCUUUGACCUAAAAAAUGACGACAACAAUGACACUAUCGACACCGUGAACACCAUCCUCAAAUCUGGCAUCCCCCAAGACCUGAUCCUCUGGCUUCCCCCCAAACACAGGGUGGAUGUGAGGGAGGUCGCACCAGGGUUCAUACAGGUCUACAACGAUGUGUCUGAUAUGGACCUUGACAGAGGAGACCAUCUGAAUGUCAAAUACAGCGCGUUGAGUGCCACAGAGAUUUGGGAGCUUCGGAGCAGGAAUGUGUCAGUGAACCUGUGGGUGGUGAAUGAACCAUGGCUCUUCUCUCUGCUGUGGUGCUCGGGGGCCAACUCUGUGACCACCAACGCCUGCUCCCUCCUACAGGACAUGACCCAGCCUGACUGGACAAUGAGACCUGAUAGAUACAGAAUGAUAUGGAUCACAGUGGACCUGGGGUCAUUGCUCAUAAUGGUCACACUGUUCAUUUUACAGAGGGAAAGGGAAGCAAAGAAAGGAUUUUCCGGCUGGAAUCAGAGAGAAUUGUCCCUCUUCUUACCCUCUGAAUCGUUUGAUUGAAGCCUGAAACAGAACAGCCUGGAUCCAGACCCCCCCCCCCCAUUAAUAAUAUACUGGCUGAAUGGUUAAGCCUUGAAUCAGGGAGGAAUUCGGGCCAUUUAAAUGACAGUAUUUCAAAAAAAUGGUGGAUCACAUACAUAGAGUACAUUUCACUUGCCUGACGACUCAAACUUGGGUGGCAGGUAGCCUAGUGGUUAGAGCGUUGGGCCAGCAACCGAAAGGUUGCUAGACCCAAUCCCUGAGCUGACAAGGUAGAAAUCUGUCAUUCUGCCUCUGAACAAGGCAGUUAACCCACUGUUCCUAGGCCAUCAUUGUAAAUAAGAAUUUGUUCUUAACUGACUUGCCUAGUUAAAUAAAUAAAUAAACUGAAUUAUUCCGCUGCUCUGUUGUUCUCUACAUACUUUCGUUUGACUGCCAUUAUUGAACUCGUUUGAGGUGAUGUCAUAAUAAGAGGUGUUGUACAAAACAAAGUAUUCAGCAAUUGGAUCAUCUCUAACCAAUCAGUAGCAAAGCCAAUGAUGAUUUUCAAACCUCAGCUUUACCCACGUGUGUUCUGGCUCUGGCCCAGGCCCAACCCAUCAGAUUCAGGGAACGAUUAGAAUGUUUUUGCCAUUAUAGAAAUUGUCACGGAGGUACUCGGAUCCAGACUCAUUGCAAAGAAGAAACUAACAUCUAUGGUCAUGGCGUACCGGUUGGCCAGAUGCAAGGAGUUUGGGUAGCCAGGCAAACAUUUUACAUUCGUCAUGAGAAUUUAUGAACAAAGUUGUAAAGAGUAUAUUCUUACACAUAUAUUUUCUGUAACACUUUAUUUGUUAAAAUAAAUAACAACUGUUUCACUCCACAUCAAGUUUAAUCUUAUUUGGAAACUAUUGGUAUUGCAGAUAAAUGUCAGCACUAUUUGCAUUGCACUUAGGGUUACAUUCUGAAGGAGAGAUUUUCCAAUCCAGAUUUGACGUGUAUGUGUUAAUGAAAUAAACGUUUUAUGAUGA